AGAAGUAUAGUAAAUUACCAGAGCCCCAGAAGUAUAGUGAAUUACCAGGUCAGCUAUUUUUCCAGGAAGCAGUAUGGCCAUGGGAGGAAGACUCUCAGAUUUCAGCUUUGAAGAGGAGCUCAGAUUGCCAGACUGGACUCGCUCUUCUGAAUUUCCUGAGAAUAAAGUAUGGUAGCAACCAUCUCAGAAACUUGCAAGGAAACGCCAUUUCUUACAUUGGUAAAGAUACGUGGAAGUCAUACCAUUUGGUUGAGAAACUAAAUCUCAGUGCAAAUAAUUUGAGAGAAUUACGUAAAGAUUCAUUUGAAGGCCUGGCUUCCCUCCAGUAUUUGGACUUGUCCUGCAAUAAGAUAGAAUUUAUUGAAAAGAAUGCAUUUGAUUCAUUACCUCUUUUACAAUAUAUAAAUCUUGGUUGCAAUUUAAUCACCAAAGUGAACUUUGGAACAUUUCAGACCUGGGAUGGAAUGCAGCUGUUACACAAGUUAAUUCUACAUGAAAAUCCUCUGAUGACUGUUCAAGAUCCAUAUCUUUUUAAUUUGCCAGCAUUGAAAUAUUUAGACAUGGGAAGAACACAAGUGACAUUGACAACACUUGAUAACAUUCUCAUGACAGCUCCUGAAUUAGAAAAACUUAUCUUACCUAACCGUUUGGCCUGCUGCCUCUGCCAAUUUAAAAAUAAUAUUGAGGCUGUUGCCAAGACAGUCAAACUGAAUUGCGAGACGGAAUGUGUGACCGACACACCUUGUGAUGAAGAACUCAUAAUAGAAGGACUGCUAAUGCACACAUUACAGGCCCGGCAGGACACCAGCACUGAGCUGACCAUUGAGCCAGAGAGGGCAUCCUCAGUCAAAAAUCCUGACACUUCGGCAUCCAUUAUGAGCCUUCUGAUGAGACUGCUCACUGAGCAGCAGGAAGUAAAGAUAUCCAACUCAGAGUGGGAUGAGGAACAAUGGAAAGAUGAGAGGAUGCAAACCCUCAAGAAGCAGGAAGAGAGGGUGUCUAAUGAGCUCAGGCAAGAAGUGCCAAGAUAUAAGAAGGAAAUCAUCAUUGCAUCACCUGUGAUUGCAGUAACAACGUUUUAUUUUGUAGUUUUCUGUCUCCUUGUGAUUUUUCGGAGGAAGCUAAAGAAAAAGGGAAGCUCAAGGUAA